AUGCCGCCCAAAGCGAAACCAUCCUCGUCGCUCGCAGCCCUGCUCGGCGAGCUCAACUCGGCCGCUCCCACCGACUACGACCCGGAAGCCGGCUACGACCUCAGCGAGGCCCACCAGCGCGCCGCCGACGAUGGCGGCGAUGACCGCUCCGCCGGUGCAGCUUCCGACGACGACGACGACGACGGCGACGACGACGACAAUCUGCACAACCCGAGGGCGCACUACGUCGACGUCGAGGAGAGCAAGCUGCGCAGAAAGUCGGCCCUCUCCGAACACGACAAGCUGAGGGACCCAAAGUACCAGGGCGUCAAGGCCACCCGCGCACAGCUCUACGGCCAGGAUGAGGGCGAUGACGGCGACGCGGAUGACGCAGAAGAGGAGGAUGACGAGGCAGAGGAUGGGGACGAGGAGAUGGCAUCUGAUGAAGAUGCAGAGGACGAUGAGGACGAGGAUGAGGAUGAGGACGAGGAUGAGGAGGAAGCAGAGGAGGAUGGCCAGGACGACGCCGAGGAGGAUCAAGACGACGGCGAAGAGGAAGACGACGACGCCUCGGACCUGGACGACUUUGCCGAUCUCCCAAGCUCGAAGCCAAAGAAGUCUCUUCGCUUCCAGGAGGCCGAGGCCGAGGAGGAGGAGGACAACGACGACGACGACGAUGAGGGCGGCAACACGAUCGCCGCGCAGCUCAACCAGUCGCAGAAGCUGGCCAAGCAGCUCAAGGCGCGCCGGCUCGAAGACGCCGAAAAGGGUCGCAACGUGCGCAAGCAGAUCAAGCUGUGGGAGCGCUCGCUCGAGGCGCGCAUCAAGGCCCAGUCGGCGCUGCGCCACCUCAACCAGCUGCCGGAUCCCACGGCGCUCGCAGCUUGGCUCGCUUCCGGCUCCUCGUCGCCGGCGACGGCUGCGCUCGGCACCACGCUCCAGGACCUCCUCGCCCUGUCCGACCGCCUGUUUGACGUCCGCACCCGGCUGCACGUCCUCAACGACCCCGCCGCUGCUGCGUCCGGAGGGGCCAAGAAGCUCGAUGCCAACUCGCGCAAGCGCAAGAGGCCGUUCACCGUCUCCUCGACCGACGGCGACAGCCACGACGACGACGUGGCUGCGCGGAUCGCGUCGCUCGGAUCCUCGGGCGACGACGGUGACGUGCUCGCCGCGUCCAUCCUGGACCUCGUCGGGCUCGAAGAGGCGCUCGACGCCAGCCGGCGGCCGAUCCUGGAAAAGUGGUCGCACAAGGUCUCUUCUGCCGCGGCAUCGUCGGCGGCGUCGAACAAGUUUGCGCUCAAGGCCGUCAACCGCUCGCCCGUGGCCCAGAUUGACGCGACCAUGUCGGGCGACGGCUUCGACCGGCUCCUCGAGCGCACGCGCGUGCUGCGCUCGGGCGACGACGCCGCCAAGAUCAAGAUUGGCGCCAUCCUGGCCCCUGCCGACGCGCCGUCCUCGUCCUCGUCGGCGGCAGCGGGGGCCAAUGCAGCGACGUCGUCGCGCGACGUCGAUGCCGAGGUGUUUGACGACACCGACUUCUACUCGUUCCUGCUGCGCGAGCUCAUCGAGCGGCGCUCGACGGCAUCGUCGUCGAACAACUCGACGGCGCUCGCAAACGAGCUCUACGCCGUCAGCGCCAAAAAGAGCAAGCGCGGCGGCGGGGGCGUCGAUACCAAGGCGUCAAAGGGGCGGAGGCUGCGGUACGACGUGCACGAAAAGAUUGUCGCCUUUAUGCCUCCGAUCCCCAACCGCCUUCGGUGGAGCGAGGAGCAGAUCGGGCGGCUGUUUAGCCAGCUCGCCUCUGCUUCUGCGGGUACGGAUGCCGAUGCCGAGGGAGGGGAGGAUCUGGAUGGGUUGGUGCGGGCCGAGGAGGCGGGUGGGCAGAGCAUCGGCCAGAGGGACGAGGACAACGUCCAGCUCGGUGGACUCAGAGUGUUUGGGUAG